CUUCUUUCUCUCUCUCCCGUCCCAGAAGCCAUGAAAAGCCCACAAUGACCACCCCACCCCAGCAACCAGAACUCCCUGGACGCCGCUUCGGCUCCUUCGGUGGCUCCAGGCCUUCAGCACCACCACAACGACCGUCCUCCUCGGCGUCGAAUACCUCCACAUCCCCCGUGCCAACUCCAUCACCCAACCUUAUGCCUCCUCCACCUCAGCGCACCCGUUCAGCAUCCUCUACAUCAUCCAAUCAGGCAAAUAAUGCUGCAGCAUUUGAUAUUACCCAAGCAGCGGACAAGGCGCACCAGUGGCUUUCCAAUUGGGCACCUCGAGGUGAAGGUAGAGGAAGAGAGUUUCUUAUCAACGGGCUGAAUGGUGUAGCGAGCGUGGCCAGUACGGUAUCCAGUGGUCUCAACGCCAGGCACGAGAAGGAUAGAGAUGCCCACCGAUCAUUAAGCUUCCUAGGUCCGUCGACCUCCAGUUCUGUCUCCCCAGCUACUAGCCCCGAAGGGAGAUUUCACGUGUCCACAUCUCCUCCUGGACCCACCCAUACUCAGUCUACCCCGCAAUUUGGGGUGACACAGCAAGAGUCUUUGGUAUCAAAUGGUAGUCGGAAGAUACUGCCUCCGGCGAAUCUAGCAAGGCUUGGUCACUCAGCCACGACCAACUCGACACCGACUAUCUCGUCUGGACCUAGUGCGGUUCAUCAACAGAGACCUGCUACACUUCAUUCAGGAAGCACAACCUCGCUACCUUCUGCUAACCAUCGUUCCAGUAUUCAUGGGCCAUCGCAUCUCGGUCCUAAUUCCCCAACGCACCGACGAACCUCGUCCAGCCACUCAAAUCACCGUCCAUUCACGUUUGCUAAUGGGUCGCAUGGAAUGAGCAGAAAAUCAUCCUCAAUGUCAAAGUCUAGCUCCAUGACAGGAAUAUCAGCGGGGCCUUACAUGAGAAAUGCAGGGAUACCUUAUAAAGUCGGAUUUCAACCACAAGGAGUCAGGCGUGAUAGAACAGAAGAGUAUAUGGAAGCCAGGAGAGCAGUGGAAGCUGACAGGGAAAUUGAGGAAGGUCGAUUGAGUAGACGUUGGGCUAAGCUUGUCGAUUUACAUUUCAACCCAACUGUAUCUCAACCAGCAGCUCCGACAUUGGCCAGAUCAUCAUCCUCAAAUUUUUCAUUAUCCUCAUUGGGUCAGGAUAGACGACGGUCUCUUCUCUCGAUCGAGGGUGCCCUUGACGCAAUGAAGCCAAAGGACAUCUUUAAGGGUUUCAAAGCUGGCUCAGGUCCUGGAGGUGAUGAAGGGCGAAAACGAGCGGCCGAACAGGCUAUAGUGAAGUGGGAAGAUGAUUCAGAGGUGCGGAAAUGUCGGAUAUGCGCAUCCUCCUUCUCCUUAUCUAAUCGCAAGCAUCAUUGCCGCCUUUGCGGUCGCAUAGUCUGCUCCCUUCCCCCAACCCCCCCAGCACUUCUGGCAGUACAAAUACAGCUGUUCGCCCCUGCAGAUCCGAGUGCAACGUCUACUCAGACACAAGCUGGCCUGCCAUCUGGUACGCGACGUGAAAAAUGUUCUCUGCUGCUGGUAGCUGAUUGGAAAACUGGACGGGGAGAAGAAGUGGAGGAAGGUUUUGUGGGAUGGAUGAGGAUGGAGGAUGGAGAGGGAUCCGGAGAAGGCCAGGCAAUUCAAAGAAGGCGGAGAAGUCAGCCUGAAGAUAGAAUCGGCGCUGUUAACAGCGACGACGCUUCUACGCGGAAUAUACCUCUGCCCCAGCAGCCAAAAGAGGUACAAGUCAAGGGUAUGAGGGUUUGCAGGGAGUGCUGGGCCGUGGUCUCACGGAAGCAAAAGAUGCAAGACCGGCAGCGAGUCACAGGUUUUGCUCGUCUCUAUCAAGCACUGCGCACUCUUCAAAUAGAGAUCGAGAAUCUCACAGCUGAUUUCGAAGAGCAGCUUUCUGAGCUUGUCUCAUCCGCAGACCCUAUCGAACCACCCGACGAGCUUCUCAUCCUACAUCGACAACUCAUCGCUCUAUUCACUCAGUAUGAACAACUCUCUAAAAGGAUAAAUGGCCUUCCAUGUCAAGAAAAUGGUUCGCAAGCUUCUGUACAGAGCGCGAUUGCUAGGAGCGCUGCCGUAUUUAUGACAAAGGAGAUGGUUAAAUUACAGGCUAUACAAUCGUUGCAGAAACGAUCGGCAGAGGCGAAGAAGAAGGGACUGGUCAUCAGUGAGACAACUUUGGGCCAGUUGGAGAAAGAGGGAAUGGCGAGUGAUGCCGGAAGUGAUGUAGUGGAGGACGUUGCGAUCAUGCUACAGCCGCUCUUGGAGCAGGAAGCUCAAUUGGAAUCAUAUAUUGCUGAUGCGACUGCUCAACGAAAGUAUGAAGAUGGAAAGGCCUUGCAAAGUGCUUUGAAGGAAAUUAGGGCCGAGAUCGAGAGGAUCACCGAAAAGGUUAGUGGUUAGUUAUCAUAAAUAAAGUAGAGUAAAUCGCUACCGUUGUACAUUAUGUCCGUAUAUUCUGGGAUUUCUCCUACUGGGGACUGAGUGCCAUCUCGCAUAUAAGCUUUUCAUCUUAGACUUCAAAUUAUUCUGUGUUUUUAUGUCAGUAUAUGCAAUCUUCAAAUAAGUCAUGU